AUGAUCCAUCCAAGUGUUUCCUCGGAAAUCCAGAGACCUCCAGAGAGUGCAUCAUCAUCAUCGUUCUACAGCCGACUUCAUCCGACCCGAAGACUUGUUUAUUAUCGAGACCUCUCCUUCCCAACCCCCAAAGAACCUUCACAUCCCCUGAACCUGAACCCAUUCAACACCAUGUGGAAGAACGUUUCCAAACCUACUGUUCGUGUUCCAACCCACAUCCUGAUCUCCUUUGAAGGGAACACAUUGGAAUGUGCGACCCGCAUCCCUGGGUCGUUGACAGCUUGGGAUAUCACCGACUACUAUGAAGAGACCCAAGGAACUCCGUUGGAAUUGUGGAACGGGAAUGUGAAGUUGGAAAGUGACAGGAAAAUUGGCCGAAUGAAGAAUCUGAUCCUCAAGCGCCUCAACCCUACGACUCCUUCGAAGGAGGAAGGCGAAGCUCCCCCUCACCAUCAACCAUGCAGUCCUGGAUCACGGAGUUGAACUUGAGGCCUGGAAGGAAGAAGAACCCAUGGACCACCUUAUCUUCAUAUUAUUGUCAUUAUCUUCAUAAUUAUUGUCUGUCAUUG